UACGUCGAAGCAUGCUGUAAAGCCACUUUUUUUAAUAGCCUAUCUGUUAUAAAAUGUAAUACGGCGAUUGUGAAGAAUCAGCAUUCUGGUGUGGCAGCCCCCCCCAACCCCCUGACUUCCCCAUUGGAGAAGCCUUCUAAAAAACGGAAGCAGGCGCUACCAUUUUGAAACACGGCACUGCUUAGCUCCACUAUGGACAAGAGCAACACGGUGAAGCUCUUCGUGGGCAACCUGGCUCUAGACACCACCCAGGAGGAGCUUUCUGCCAUCUUUGAGGCGUACGGCCAGGUGGUCAGCUGCAGCGUUCUCCGACAGUUCGCCUUCGUACACCUACAGGGUGAGGGUGCUGCGGAGCGGGCCAUCAGGGAGCUGAACGGCAGGGAGUUCCGGGGGAGGAACCUGGUGGUAGAGGAGUCCCGGGGCAGACCUCUCCACUCCACCAAGGUGUUUGUGGGGAACCUGUCGGGCAUGUGCACCACCGAGGACCUCCAGGAGCUCUUCCAGACCUUUGGUAAAGUGCUGGAGUGCGACAAAGUCAAAGCCAGGCUCUCCUCUUCUGCAGGCUACGCCUUCGUGCACAUGGAGAACAAGGAGGAGGCUCUUCAGGCCAUCGAGGCCCUCCACGGCACCUCCUUCAAGGGACGCCCGCUCUCCGUGGAGCUCUCCAAGGUGCAGCCCUCCAAGCAGACCCCGACGGGGAAGAUCCCCUGUGUGAGCUGUGGGAAGCAGGGCCACUACGCCGGGGAGUGCCCUGUAGGGAAGUCCUCUCUGGAACAGUACCAGAGCCAGGCAGCUGUGCUAGCUGCAGCCGCCGCCGCCGCAGCCGGCCUGCCCCUCCAGGUCCAGCAAAGCGUCCACAACUCUGUCUACAACACCUCGACCUUUGACCCCACCUACGCGGCGUUGACGGGUCUCACCACCGGCACGCGAGCGGAAGGCAACCCCGUCAACCAGGCGGUGUAUGGUGCCCUGGCGACGCAGGUCUACGGCGCUAACGUGGCCAAUCAGCUCUAUGGGGUCCAGGCAGCCAAUCAGGCGGCAGCGUUGACGCAGGCGGGCGCCACGCAGGUGUAUGCCAGCUCCAUGAACCCCAGCCACGCCGCUCUCUACGGUCAGCUCAGUCAGAUUGCCGCCAGCCCCGCUGCAGCGUCCGCUGCCACCGCCUACUCCACACCAGUUUACGCGCAUGCCAUGGCUAACCACCACCACCCGGGGGCCAUCUACCUGGCAGCACCUGGCGUAGAGAUGCCUGCGGCCGCCGCGGCAGUCAACCAGGCCUACGCCAUGGCGCCGGCGCUCUAUGGGGGUGCCCAGCAUGCCUACGGCCACUUGGGGAUGGGUGCCGCCAUGAGCGCGUCGGCAGAUCCUUCGGCGGCCAUCUUUGAAGCAGCGAGGGUGCAGCACUACUUCGCCCAGGGACAGCAGGUUCUGGCUGAGCAGCAGAACGCGGCAGCAGUGGCGGCGGCACAAGCGGCAAAGUCUGGAGAGAGGGACCGGAGUCCCCUGAGGCGCUCUGCGGGGUCCCUGCUGCCCGAUCCUGUCAUGAAGCCCUUCAUGUACCAGAGAGCCCCCAAGCAGCGCCGGCCGCUGCUCCCCACCCCCGCCGGGCGAGCUGCAGAGGAAGCAGCGGAGGCUGCAGAGGACCCCAUGGCUAGAGAGCAGUACCAACAGUAUGCUGAGUACUACCACCAGCAGCACCAACAGCACCAGCAGCUCCAGCAGUUACAGUACUAUGCGGAGUACUACCAGCAGUACCAGCAGUAUCAGCAACUCCAGCAGUACCAGCAACUCCAACAGUACCAGCAACUCCAACAGCUCCAGUACGCCUACCCGCCUCCCAACCACCACGCCAUAGCUGCCAUCCCUGCCCACGCUAUGGCGGGCCACGCCCACCACCACGGCCAACCGGCCCACGUCACGGCGCUGGACGCCGCCCUCAGGCCAGUGGUUCCCGCCUCCGCCGUGGCCGCCGCCAUGGUGGCAGCGCCCAGAGUGUAUGAGCCGCCGCUGCCGCCGCCACCGAACCGCAAGGAGGCCGUCCUCCGCCGAGCCCCCGAACUCUCCCUUCACACGCCUGAGCCCCCCUUCAGAUAGUCACCUCCCUCGUACCCCUCUGUUUCCCCCCGCCUAUCACUGUAUACCACCCUCGUACCCCUCCUCACUCUCAGCGGCUGUGUGUGUCUGUGUAUAUCUGUGUGUGUGGGUAUAUUUGUGUGUACUGUGGCGGUGGGGAUUUGUGUUUGUGUGUGAGAGUGUGUUUGGAGUUUAGGAGUUGUCCCUUGACUACAGUAAGAACCCAACCCCAACUUGGUCCUGGUACCACACUAACAGUGCAGUUAAAGAAGGGAAGACAUUCUGUCAUCUUACCACCACACAAUGUUUAGCUAUUGACUCUCAAUGGUAGACAGGUGCCAGUAGCAGACAGUCAAUUCCUUCAACAUAGAGAUGAGGUCAAAAAUAUCACAACCGAUUCUUGUACUGUCUGCGCUGUGGUGUGUUGCGUAGCUCCAGGGUUGGAGGGGUCUGUGAGUCUUGUACCAGUCGGGACUGUGGUGCGAGUGUGUGUGUGUGUGUGUGUGUGUGGGAGAGUGAUGUUGGCUUUCUGUUGUUACGAUGUAAUGCACACAGUCCCACGCGUGCUGCCGUGUUUCCUCAUCAGCUCACCCCUGGGAGAUUGGAGGAACAUAGGCACACUGUACUAUAUGAAACUACCCCCUACCUCUCCUACCCCCUCCCUCCUUCCCUCACACCGCUGUAACCACAGCACUGAAAGACACUGCUGCAUUUCUGACCUUAUUUACUCUGUCUAUACCUUAGCCUGGGUAAACCAAAUUAAAUGCCGGGAUCACCACUGAAACAAUAGAGGGUUUAACAUUCAGUCUAUCUAUACCUACCUCUGACAAUGAGAGCACGGAGAUUAGCUGGUUAGAAUAUGAAUGGUCUGCCUUCUGUCCAUACAGUUUAUCAGUCAGUCAGUUGCAGGGUUGGGGUCCAUUUCAAUUAAAUUCAGUGAAUUUAAAAUGGAAUUGACCCCAUCCCUGGUCAAUAGUUUGGAGAAGAAUGACACGUUUUAGGGACAAAGUUUUCUAUGUACUGUACUACUAGAGUCUUACUGCAUCAGUGCAUUUUGAGAGGCCUUUUAAAGUAUGAAUUAUUUUAGUUUUGUUUUUUUGUAAUGUAAGUGGUUGUCGGGUCGAUGAAGUUUACAUUCUAUCCCCUCAGAUCAAGUAUGAAUUAUUUUAUGGAUUUAUAAUUAAGUUCACUUUUUAGACUUGCUAGAGAAUUUCAAUGAGGUUAAAGGAAAACUCCACCCAAAACCUAUAUUUUGGUGUUUGUUUCAUUAAUCCAUUGUUGACAUAGUCCCAAAAUGUUUUUGUCAAGUUUUCAACGAUAUGUAACUUUAAAAAUACAGAUCAUCCCUGUAUGAUCCAUUUUGCAUCAUAUGAUGUAGAGUUUUGAAAGUUACAUAUCUUGAAAACUUGAUUGCUGGCAGUCCCAAAAUGUUUUGCUUAUGUCAACAAUGGACUAAUGAAACAAACACCAAAAUAUUGUUUUUGGGUGGAAUUUUCCUUUAACAUUGUGCCUAAGCUUUGUCUGAACUGCAUAUAGUGGAGGGAAGAUCUCCUUUUUGAAGUGCUUUUGUUCUUACACGUCAGUCUUUUUAAUCUGCGAUGGAGGGAAAAGGGUUCGGAUAAUGUGACGUGAUGAUUUUUUUGUGGUGCGGUAAAGUUCACACCGAUGAUAUGACGAUGAGAGAUGGAGCAGUAUCUUUCAGUCGCCCUGUUCCGACGUAUCCUUGCACCCCGCUGUAAGACGACUCACUACCCCCGUACCCCGCUGUGUCCUUCCUCUUCUCCCUGUGAUUUUAGUGAUGUAGUAUUUUAUCUUGCAUAUAAUCUCUCUGUCUCUCACACACACACACAGUUUCAUCUGUGGGAUCUCGACGAUCAGGAAAAAAAACACCCUUUCUUGUUAUGCUUGUUGCUUGCCUUGUUUCUGACCGUGUUUUUAGAACUAUUUAAAAUAUUUCUUUUUUUUUAACAAAAAGAAAAAAGGCAUGCUUUUUAAUAUGUAUACUACACAUACCCACCAUUUAAAAAAUAAAGAAUGUUUCUGACUACUGUGAGGAAAAGAAAAAACUGCGUUUCGGAUGUAUUUCCCCGUUCUUGUUUUUACGUGUUUUUCCGUCUUUCUUACUCCUUCCCGUCUCUCCUUCCUUGUUGUAAUGACCAGA